UGCAGGGAUUUGUAGUACUUUUUUGCACAUCGUCCAAAACAAGCCGCUUCCCGUUUGUAUUUCACGCCCUAGUGCUAAAUAGAACCCCGUUAGGUGACGACCAUGGCGCACUGGCUGUAUCAAAGGCGUUUGAUCGGGGGCUGCCCCUCAUCACAACAUCACCAGGGCGUUUCAGACAGACAGCCUGGCCAGCCAGCCAGCCAAGCAACACGCACUCUUAGCGGAUAAAUACACACCCUUCGAUCGUCACUGUUAUCUCAAGAGGACAGCCGUUCCUUGCUGCGCAGACGCCGUAACAUGUUGAUGUGACAAAAAUGAACAAACCCAAGAUGGCUUCAGAGAAGGGUGUCCCCAAUAACUCGAGAGUGCAGAUCCUGCUGGGCCAGCUGGAGAAGCUGUCCGGAGACUCCAUGGUGAGGGAUCCCGAAUCAGCCCGUCAGAUAACCUCCAAGCUGCUACAUCUCAUACAGACACAGGAGAAGACGUCGAAGGAGAUGAUGUCCAAAGGCACCAGCGGCAUGGAUGUCAUCCUGAAUUCACUGGAGAUCACCCGAGACACCCAGACCAUUUUGAACAUCCUGUGCAUACUCAGUGAGCUGCUGACCUUGGGCAAAGGACGCAGAGUGGGGGUCUUUGUAUCAAAGGGAGGAACAGCGGUGUUACUUCGCAUUCUAAUCAACGCCAACAAAGAGUUUCACCCCAGCGAGGAGCUCAUGUUGCAGCUUCACUCCCUGCUGGCCAAGGUGGGCCCGAAAGACAGGAAGUUGGGCAUGAAGGCACGUCUGACUGGCGCUCUGAACAUCACAAUAAACCUGAUCAAGAAGAACCUCCAAAAUGUCAAGUUGCUCCUGCCCUGCUUGCAGGUUCUUCGGGUUUACUCAGCUAACAUUAUUAACGCCAUAUCCCUCGGGAAAAGUGGAACUAUUGAGUUGAUGUUCAAGAUUGUGGCACCGUACAGCAAGAAAAACACAACCCUGAUCAAGGUGGCUGUGGAUGCGCUCUGUGCUUUACUCAAAUCCAAGACAAAUGCUCGGCGGGCAGUGGAGGGCGACUACGUUCCCACCCUGCUCUCCCUCUACCUGGACUGGCACCGCAAGGACACGUGGCAUCGUCACACGGUGAUCCGCAAGGGGCUGCUGGGCUGUCUGCGGAACGUCACCAACAUCAAGCUGGGCAGGGAGGCGUUCACCAAAGCCGACGGCAUGCGCAUUCUCUACAACUCUUCAAUAGAGUGUCUCUUGGUGCGCACCUUGGAUCCUCUUGUCAACGCUUCAAGUCUCAUCAUGAGGAAGUGCUUCCCCAAAAAUCGCCUGCCUCUGCCUACCAUCAAGUCGGCUUUCAUUUACCAGUUGGAGCACGUUCUGCCUUCAGGGCCGGUCGCACAGCUCUACAGCCAACCCCCUGAAGGAAGAACACUUGCUCAGGUCUGCAGCGAGCCCUUAAAGAAGGUGGACGACGUGGUGGAUGACAGUGACGAUAACGAGGACACAGAGGCAGACACGGAGAAUGAUACAGAGAACGAGGAAGAUGAGAAGGAUUGUGGCUCCCUGAACGACGACAUUGAAAAGGAUAUAAACAAGCUGCACCCUGAGAAGAUCCCGAGUCGACCUUACGAAGAGUUAAGAGUCUACGAGAAGUUUUUUGUGGAGUUGUCUCAAGACUUUCAGGGUUUCAACUUUGAAUCUUCCACAACAUCUUCAUCGGCACAAUCCGCUCUGCCCAUCGUUGUUCCCACAGCUCAGCUGCCGUCCCCGAAUCACAUCAGUGCACGGACCGCUCACGAUGUCAGCAACUCAUUUGCUCCCAGGCCCACUCUUCAUACUUCACAGGCUGACACCGGAGAUUGUGUCAAGAACCUCGACCAAAAGGUGGCGGCACCUAAGCAUCCAGCUGAGCAGAAACUAUCGCAAGCAUCUGAAUGCGUCCCCUUAAAUGCGGACGAGAUGGAAAGCAAACAAAAACAACCGAAGCCCACGCAGUCCCCUCUGCAUUUGGAGGGCAUCGCCAUUCGCUGUUUGGCAGCAGCGGGAGCAGGAGGAGGAGGAUCAGACUGCGGCUCGGAGGGCGCAGAGGACGAAUCCGGCGAAGGGGCCGUCCUGGAGGUCCCCGACACGGCUCAGCUUCUCCCACUUCACGACCUGGACCUUUAUGUGAAGAUGGUGAACCAGACAAAGUCUGUGCAGCACUACACUGAAGUGGCCUACCCAGACUACUUUGGUCAUGUGGCCCCCACGUGUCGGGAGCCUCUUCUGGAGAGGUUGUACGGGGUACAGAGGUCUAAGAUAUUCCAAGAUAUUGAGAGGUUGAUUUACCCAAACCACAUCAUGGAUAAAGUCGUUUAUGACCUCGACAUUCCCGGCUGUCCCGUGAUUGAAAGCGACGGCGAGUCGCUGAAGUUCAACUCUCAGUUUGAGUCGGGCAACCUCCGGAAGGCCAUUCAAAUCAGGAAGUACGAGUACGACUUGAUUCUGAACUCGGACAUCAACAGCAACCACCACCACCAGUGGUUCUACUUUGAGGUGAGCGGCAUGCGCGUGGGAACCAUGUACCGCUUCAACGUCAUCAACUGUGAGAAGUCCAACAGCCAGUUCAACUAUGGCAUGCAGGUGCUGAUGUACUCGGUUCGGGAGGCCAUCAGUGGCAGGCCUCGCUGGGUCAGAACAGGAACAGACAUCUGUUACUAUAAAAAUCAUUUUGCCAGAAGUUCCAUUGCAACUGGGGGUCAAAAAGGGAAAUCCUACUACACGAUGACCUUCAGCACCACCUUCAGCCACAAGGAUGAUGUCUGCUACUUUUCUUAUCACUACCCGUACACAUAUUCCUCUCUUAAGAUGCACUUGUCAAAGCUAGAGGCUAUGAAGCCGCCUGGGAUAUACCUGCGACAAGAUGUCCUGUGUGAGACAUUAGGGGGAAACAGCUGCCUGCUCCUCACCGUCACCGCCAUGCCAGAAUCGAACUCCAGUGAUCACAUCUGCCAGUUUAGAAAUCGGCCAUUGAUCUUCCUGUCAGCCAGAGUGCACCCCGGGGAAACCAACGCCAGCUGGGUGAUGAAAGGCACGCUGGAGUUCCUGAUGGGUACGAGCCUGCUGGCGGCCACCUUGAGAGAGUCCUUCAUCUUCAAGAUCGUGCCCAUGCUCAACCCUGACGGCGUCAUCAAUGGAAACCAUCGAUGUUCUCUGAGCGGGGAAGAUUUGAAUCGCCAGUGGCAAAAUCCUAAUCCUGACCUGCACCCGACCAUCUACCACACAAAGAGCCUACUGCAGUACCUUGCGCACACGCAGCGAACACCACUGGUGUUCUGCGACUACCACGGUCAUUCCAGAAAGAAAAACGUCUUCAUGUACGGCUGCAGUUUGAAGGAAACGGUAUGGCAGUCCAACAUCAGCGCAACGCCCUGUGACUUGGAAGAAGAUCUCGCGUAUAGGGCGCUUCCAAAGAUUCUCUCCCAGAUUGCGCCAGCCUUCAGCAUGGCCAGCUGUAGCUUUGUGGUGGAGCGCUCCAAGGAGUCGACGGCGCGCGUGGUGGUGUGGCGGGAGAUCGGCGUGCAGCGCAGCUACACCAUGGAGAGCACCGUCUGCGGAUGUGACCAGGGCAAAUAUAAGGGUUUUCAAGUCGGCACCAAAGAGCUAGAAGAGAUGGGAGCUCAGUUCUGUGUGGCCCUUCUAAGGCUCAAGAGAAUGACGGGGCUCCACAGCCAUCAGCACCUGCUGGACCUGGAGAGCGACCUCAUUGUGACACAGCCUAAAGUAGUCAGCUGCCCCACCACCUACGUGAUGGAUGAAGAUGAGCCGUCCUUCCUGGAGGCGGUGGAUUACAGCGCCGAGAGCAACGACGAGGACACCGAGGUGGACCUGGAGGCUGCCGCCGCCUCCGUCGCCAUCAGCACGGACGCAGGCGAAGUCCGGGAGCGGCUGGCCGACUCUGAGAACAAUCACGAUGCUUGGAAAUCUGAGCCAGUCACCAGUAGCCACUGAUUUUAUUUUAAAAUUAAUUAACUUAUUUUAUUUUAUUAUUAUUAUUAUUAUUUUUUAAAGCAGAAUUUCAACUCCAAAACCAAUGAUGGUAACCACACUCACAGCUUCCAUUAUAUACGACCGAUUGUCGUCUCUCCGUCUUGCAGGCUGGAUUUAUGCUACAAGUCUCCAGUUCCCUAUGUACUGCGUAUAAAAUAAAAAAAAGACGCAUGUAAAGACAUGUCAACACAGGGCAGCAACAACGAUAAAUAUAUAAUAUGCAAACAUUUAACACUUUAGUUGGCUUAGGCUGACUAAAUACAGGUAAUGUUCUUGGUUUCUACCAAGUUUUCUUAAUUGGUCUCACCCCACAUUCACAACGAAAUGAUUUUCCUUAAUGUCAUUUUUUUAAAUCACAUAAACCUGGCAUUUGAACAGGGGUAAUGUAGACUUUUUACAUAUACUGUAUUUUCCCCAAAUCUCAAUUUUUCUAUAUGUGUAAUGUUAUUCUUAUUUAUAUAUUUUUUAGUCACUUAAAAUCGUUUCUUAAAAUUUUAUUUGUCCAAAAACAAGACAUUUUCUCAAAACAUUUGACCCUCUUUGUGCUAAAAUUACAACUUUGUUCUAAUAUUGAUACAAUUUUACUUCUACUAAAAUUAAGAUCUUUUUUGCCAUUUCCCCCCUCAUUCAUAGUCAUUUUUGCAAAAUUGAUUUAUUCUUAUUAACUUUUGUCUUACAAAAUUCCGACUUCAUUUGUCCCAAAAUUAUGACAUAAAAUUAUACUUUUUUUACUGAUAAUAUUGAAACAAAAUUUGUUCUAAAAUCUUUAUCCUUUGUAAACGUCAUCUUUUAUUAUUUCUUUUUUAACAUAGUUAUAUGCACAGUACUAAGUACCUUAAUGCAUUGAUGUACUUAAUGUAAGUUGAAAUUCUAAAUAUCACAACAUUAAUAGUGACCCUAAUUUGGAAAUUCACUGAAAAACACUGUCGACAUUGUCAUUUGUUUUUGCAACAAUCUGUAAAAAAGAAAUAGUACAUUGAAUUUACCAGUUGAUGCACCAGUUGCAAAACACUGCUAAUUUACUUCGCUCUCUGCCCUCCAUUUUGUGUAUUUUGAUGACCUCACAUUGGCCUCACUUAACCCAUGGAGUGUAAAUCCAGCCUUAAAGCCGGUCACAGCAUGAACCUCCGCAACUGCGAUGUUCGGAGUUGGUGGGUCUAUUUGGCCUGCUGUUUGGUGUAAAACUUAAGACAAUCCCCCUGCAAAUGGGCGCAGUCAUGCAAUUUCUUUCCACACUGACCCUGGGGUGGCAUCAGAAGCUCACACGGGCUACCCAGACCCCUCUCUCCCUUGAUCCCGCCCUCAAAAACCAAGACGCCUUCCUUCUCACAUUCACACUGCACUUUAACUUGUUUACUCCCCACUUUCUGUCUUAACAUGAGCUGUGGUAGAAACCUCACUACUGAACUCAAGUGUUUCCUGCGUAGGACACUUGACGACCCUUGACCUCACAAGCACCCCUCUACCCCCUUUCAGUGCAAUGCACAUACAGCGGAACCUUUAGUGGAAUACGAAAUUCCACAACUUGUAUCACCUCAUAAAAUCUCAGAUAGGUGAGCUUGACGAGGAUUCCGUGUUAGUGCUAAGGGGCAGAAUUGGAGCGCAAUUUUAGGGGUACAACAUUUCAAAAGAACAAACGCUGAUUUCCGUAGAAUUAAUCAUUUCUGUGAAGUAAAAUUUCAUCCGUGCAUUUUCUCUUGUGCUCAUUCUGUUUAGGGGAGGUGAAGCCUAUCCCAUGAAGGUCAUGCUCUACUAUGAGUUUAAAAAAAGAUAUAUUUCAACACAAUUUUUGAAAUUAUAAUUGUCAUAAUUUUAGAACAUGUUUAAACUCAUGAAAACAAUUUAUGGAUCCAUUUGCUGUAUUUUUUUUUCAAAUUAUAGUUGUAAUAUUUUUCCAAAUAAUUUUGUGAAUUUUUUUUCGUGCCAUUUUUCAAAUCAAAAAUUCAGAACUCAGAAUUAUCAUUCAUCAUUUUUCAAAUUGAUUUUUAAAACUGUGUGUAUCAUUUUUCCCCAACAUAUUUUUUCAUAUUUCCUAAUUACCAAUUUAUAGAAUUAAAAAAAUAUUUUAUUUGCAUCACAACUUUACAAAUUAUAAAUUGCUUCUAUCCUUAAAUUUGAGAACAUAAUUUUCUUACAUUUAAGUCAUAUUAUAGCUAAUUUGAAAAUAUUUGUUUACAGUUUCAAUAAUAUUCAUAUCUUUUAAAAUAAUUUUAUUUUUCUUACUUGUUAACAGCAGAGAUUCACUCCGCUUAACUCUUUCCCCCCCCCCCCCCUUCCUCUCCUUUGAUGUCUUUUAUUGUCAUCGUGACCGUCGUCAUUUGCUGCAAAAGUUUAGUGAGGCCUUUUCACUUUUACAUUUGACUAUUUAGCAUAAAACACUGGCACACCAUCCAUGAAUAUUCAAUGAUGGACACAGCUUUACCCUGACAUGGAUAAAGUAACUUUCCCUUCUAUUCUUUUGGGCAAAAAAAACCUGCUUUGAAACCAACAAACUUGAGGUUCCCCCUUCAACCCCCCCAAAACAAACAUGUUUCUACGGCACAGUUGUUGAAUGUUCACAAAGACACUGCAGUGCACACGCAAUACGCAGCAGUAAAUAUUGAGCUUAGAUGGACCAGAAGCCGCAUAGAACACGCUCAUGAUGUUUGUAUCUUUCUAUUUAUCCAGUAUAUCCGUAUAUAGUAUAUAUAUAUAUAUGUAUAUGUGUGUUUAAGAUGGUGCUUUUGUGUAUUGAGAGUCCAGCUACAGCUGAAUAGUCUGGUCCACUUGCUUGUGAACAUGCAUUUUCUUUCCACUUGUUGCUUUUUUACAUAGAUAUUAAUGGAGUAUUGUUUCAGCGAUGCAACCUGUGUGUAUAUUAGGCAUCUGAGCAUGGGAGUGCUUAAGUGUGCGUGUGUACAAUUUUUAAGUUAUUCCAUUAUUCAGCUGCACUAAUGCUUUGCUACUGUGUUCCCUCUCUCAAUUUGAUUACGCUUCCCCUCACUCUGGCCAUUUUCUCCCUCCAUCAAAAACCUCUCCAUCUUUUUUUUAAACUUGCAUUUUGUUUCACUCACAAACGUCUUAACAGUUGCGUGUACUUGUGUGUGUCUGAUGGUAAACCAAAUGGAGAUUUUUUUUUUGUGUGGGGGGGGGGCAAACAGAAGCAAAGAGUCAAGAAUAGGUCAAAAAUAAAAUGUGAAUGUGAUCAACUUAAUACAUUUGUGUGAACUAUAAAUGCUGGAUCCAAAAAGGUUUCGCGAUGUGCCGCUGUUCGGGCGUCGUCUGGUUACGAUGCAGUUUUGUGUUUUAGUUUGGCGAAACUAGCGUGACAACUAGCAGCCGACAGCUAUGCCGGCCAUCCUCUUUCAACGUCUGCUGUUUGAUUUGUGAUUUGAUGAACACAUCGGGAUAGGCGUGGAUUGAGUGUGCAAAAACCAAACUUCUGCCUUCCGUCAUUGAUGGAUUAGGGGUUUGGUGCAGCUACCAACUAGUUAACAAAGUCAGUUAACAAGAUACUGCAAUAAACAAACAGCCUGUCACAAUUACAAAUGAGUUUUUCUGAGGCUAGAUUUGAUUUUGGGUGAGGGUUGUGGCUUCGGCUUUAUGGUUACUGUUUAGAUUAGUAUAUUUAUGAUAACAGGGUUUGAGGUGUAUUUCCCUCAAAGAUGUUGGAGUUCAACUUUUAUGAGCUCAUUGAAGCUUUGGAGUUUGCACUCUGUUGUAUAUUUUGGGCUAACGCAUGUUCCGUAGGGGAAAAACUCCGGGAGUGGGAGGGGCAGCUUCGGGGACGUUUAGUGUUGUGAUGUACGGCCUGUGAACGGACGGUGUUGAAGAAAUAAAGCAGUAUUCAUCA